UGCGAACAGGUUACAGGUGUGUGAGACAUCAGGGAAGACAAAAGGCGUCUCAAAACCCAAAUCCUCCCUGAUGUCUCACUGAGCUCACAAAGCCUCCACAGGGAGCGUGAGGAGCACAGAGGACUACCACAGGACAGACUCCGGCGGGUCUCCGUCCUCCGUUUCCUCCUCCAGAGUUUUUGCGCGCCGCGGAGAGAUGGGAGCGAUGCGCCCGGAGAGGAGCGCUCUGCCGCGGCUCUGCCUCCUCCUCCUCCUGCUGCUGCUGCUGCUGGCCUUCUCCGUGUCCUCCUCGGCAGCCUGGGACCUGGUUCUCCUCCACACCAACGACGUGCACGCCCGGGUGGAGGAGACCAACGAGCACUCCGGGAAGUGCAAGAGCAGCAGCAGCGGGUGUUUCGCCGGGGUGUCCCGCAGAGCCACGAUGAUCAAGAGGAUCCGCAGCUCCGAGAGCAACGUGCUGCUCCUGGACGCCGGAGACCAGUUCCAGGGGACCGUCUGGUUCAAUUACUACAAGGGGGCCGAGGCUGCUCAUUUCAUGAACAAACUGGGUUAUGAUGCCAUGGCUUUUGGAAAUCACGAGUUUGACAACGGAGUGGAAGGACUCAUGAAACCGUUCCUGGAGCAGGUCAAGUUUCCUGUUCUCAGCUGCAACAUCAAACCAGAUCAAACUGUACCUCCGGCGUUUGGCAGCUCGUACCUGCCCUAUAAGAUUGUGGCGGUUGGCGGUGAGAGGGUGGGCGUGGUGGGCUUCACGUCUCAGGAAACUCCUGCUCUGACCCAACUCGGAACGCAGCUGAAGUUUGAGGACGAGGUGGAAGCCCUGCAGCUGCAGGUGAACAAACUGCAGACGCUGGGAGUGAAUAAGAUCAUCGCUCUGGGUCACUCUGGCCUACCUGUGGAUCAGGAAAUAGCCCAGAAGGUCCGUGGAGUGGACGUGGUCAUCGGUGGACACUCCAACACUUUCCUCUUUACAGGAUCUCCUCCUUCCUCUGAAGUGCCAGCAGGUCCUUAUCCACUGAUGGUGAAGGCAGACGACGGGCGGCAGGUUCCUGUUGUGCAGGCCUACGCCUUUGGAAAAUAUCUGGGUUACCUGAAGGUGACCUUUGAUGAUGCCGGAAACGUAGUGAGGUCAACAGGAAACCCCAUCCUAUUGGACAGCAGCAUCCCACAGGACCCAGAAGUUCUUGCCGACGUGGACGAAUGGAAAAAGAGUCUGGCCAACUACUCGGCUCAGGUGGUGGGAAGGACUCUGGUCUUCCUGAACGGGACCACUGAAGAGUGUCGAUUUCGGGAAUGCAACCUGGGAAACCUGAUCUGUGACGCCAUGGUCAGCAACAACAUCAGAUUCCCAGACGAUACCCAGUGGAACCAAAUCAGCGCCUCCAUCCUCAAUGGAGGAGGCAUCCGGACGUCUGUCGAUGAACGCAGUGGAAACGGUUCAAUCACUAUGGAGGACGUGAUGUCCAUCUUACCUUUUGGAGGAACUGUCGACCUGAUGCAGUUGAAUGGCUCAACACUGAGGGAGGUUUUUGAACACUCAGCGAAACGGCAUGGCCAAGGCAAAGGAGAAUUCCUCCAAGUGUCCGGAUUUCACGUGGAGUUUGAUGUCUCCAAACCUCCGGGGAGUCGUGUGAGGAGCCUCCUCAUCCUCUGCACAAAAUGUCGCGUUCCUCACUACGAGCCCGUGGAGAAUGAGACGGUCUAUACGGUCGUGGUGCCGUCCUUCUUGGCGAUGGGUGGAGACGGAUAUUCUAUGAUCAAAGACGAGGCUCUCAAACACAACAGCGGGGAUUUGGACAUUUCAGUUGUGUCCAACUACAUCAUGCAAAGGCGGCAAGUUUAUCCAUCUGUUGAGGGACGCAUCCGGAUCUUCAACUCGGCUCCUGGACUGCAGGGACAAACCUCUCCGCUGGUUUUACUGGUUUCACUGGGGCUGCUGUGGACUGUGUGUGGGAGCAUGUAAGGCUGACUUUACCCAGAAACACAGGAGGACAGAAAGAGGAUUUUAAUCAACAGCGCAGAUGAAUGUGAUUGUACAGGACUGAAAGUAUGAUUUGACUUUUAAAACAAAAGCUGAGCUCUCAUAGCAAAAUUCUCCCCCAGAUAUCUGGUUUGAAGUGCCUUAAAACCCGAUGUGGGCCCAGUUUGUUAAAAUCCACAGCAGAGGUGACUCCAGGGAUUCUCAUGGGAACCUGCAGCACACACACUCACUGCACUGCUGCUCGUCAGCCGGCGAGGACUGAAGGACUGUCCUCCGUUUGUUCUUCUGAACUCUAAUCAGCCUCUGGUCCUCUGGACCUGAUGUCAACGUUUGGUAUCUGUGGGUUCAAAUGUUUUCAGGGUGAAAGUUUCCUUCAGCUCCUUAACUUGUCUUUCAUUGUCAGGCGCUUUCAGUGUGGUGAUACACGUGCUUUAAAUAAACUUGUGAUGGGAGGAGA